AUGCGUGUGUGUGCUCCCCGCUUUUAUCUGGGAACUAUCCUUCUAUACUCGUCUAUUUAUUCUUUGAUUAUACAUACAUCACUUAACCUAGUGCAUUGUUUAUAUUUUAUUGUCGGUUGAAUAAUAUGGGUAUCCAUCCAUUAAGCAUAAUUUUAGUAAAAAGCGACAGUAAAGGUGACAGAUUGUUAUUUCGAUAUCCACAUAUGACUAACCAUGUAAGAGAUUCUAAUCAGUGUACGAAACGAAAGAAUCCUUAUUCGUUGACCAAUACGGAAGAUUUAUUACAGUCUUUGCCGUUUCCGACGUCAAACAUAAGUAAUGGAAAUUUAACUGGUUUAACGGAUGAAGUUCUCUCCACUUUAUUCGCUGUAAAGCCAGAAUUAUGUGAACAGAAAUUUGAAUUAAAAGUAAAUGAUGUUCGCUUUGUUGGACAUCCAACUUUGGUUCCAUCUCGUGGCUUGAAGGAAGUAAACUCCUCUAUGCUUUUCAAUAUAGUUUUUGCACUACAAGCACAAGCGAGUCAUUCGAUAGUAAAGUGUUACUAUGAUCUAAGCAAAAGAUUGGGCAUAGCAUUGAGACACGAAGAAAAAAGAUGUGGUUUUUUAACCGACGAAAUAAAGAUAAUGGUAUCGACACACGAUGAGAUUGCUGGAAGAUCUGAAGGUGAAAGUGACUGCGAUGAAUCACCAUAUGAGUUAAUCCUUCAAAGAAGCUCGUUGGCACGUGGUUUAAAGUCCGUGUUUAGCAAUCUCAGCUCUUCUGGCAUUGUCAAUAUUAUGAUUAACAAGUGGAUCCAAGUACGCUUCUGUCUUCCGCAAAAAGUUCAUCAAUCACAUAAAAAAGGACUACUUAUAGAUCCCGAGAUUAUAGACAGGUUUGUUAAAUAACAUUGUUAUAUCUCAAAUACGAGAUAUAUAAAGUACAUCUGUGCGAAUAAAGAAAUUUUAUUAUAGUAGUUAACUCUACACAGAAAAUUUUAUCUUUACAUCUUUACAAGAAAUGGUACAUUUAACCGAUUUUUUGUAUGCGAAACUUUUCAAUUAUUAUAUUUAAAAUUACGAGUAUAUAUUAGGUUGGCCAAU